AUGGAAGCGACACACAGGUUUCAUUGGAGUGAAUCUACAACUUUCUCUGGACGACUCACUGUUCCAUUGCGAUGCGACAUCACUGAGGAUUUGCAUGAACCUAUUAACAACGAACUUAGGAUUUAUAGAUCAGGAGCUUUUGCUUACAAGAAUCACCCAAUAUUCAAAGUGGACAUUCUUGGUGUUGUGGUCAAAGUGGAUAAGAAAGAGAAGCUGGAUCAAUAUGGAGUUGAUGAUGGAACUGGAGUCAUCCUGUGCUGUAUCUGGAAGGAGAGCAAGUACUUUCGUCCUGCCACAGAAAUAUCAAAGCCGAAUAAUUAUCUUCCAGAUCUGAUCAGUUAUCUUCCAUCUUCACUGGUGUGUAAAGUCCAGCAGAUUAAGGAAGCUAUGCAGAUGGAUUUUAUGCUUGGGGAUCUGAUCCAUAUCCGUGGCAAGAUUACCACAUUUCGCCAAAUUAGACAGAUUACAGCAAACUUUGCGGGUAUGUUUUUUGUUUUGUUUUUUAAACUCUGGAAUUUCAAACUGACUGCCUUUUUCCUCUUGGUCAUUGGGAUUUAUACGUCAAGUUUUAUUGUGUAUGAAUCAAUCAGUAUUGUCACUGAGAUUUGUUUUCUUUUUCUUCUUUCUUUUCUUCUUUUUUCUUUUCUUUUUUCUUUCUUUUUUUCUUUUUUUUUCUUUUCUUUUUCUUUUCUUUUUUCUUUUCUUUUUCUUUUCUUUUUUUUCUUUUUCUUUCUUUUUCUUUUUUUUCUUUUUUCUUCUUUCUUUUUCUUUUUCUUUCUUUUUCUUUUCUUUUUUCUUUUCUUUUUCUUCUUUCUUUCUUUUUUCUUUUUUCUUUUCUUUUUCUUUUUUUUUUUCUUUUCUUUUUUUUCUUUUCUUUUUUUUCUUUUUUUUCUUUUCCUUUUUUUUUUUUCUUUUUCUUUCUUUUCUUUUUUCUUUUUUUUUUCUUUUUUUCUUUUUCUUCGUUUUCUUUUUUCUUUCUUUCUUCUUGUUUUCUUUUUUCUUUCUUUCUUUUUUUCUUUCUUUUCUUCUUUUUUCUUUCUUUUCUUCUUGUUUUCUUUCUUUUCUUCUUGUUUUCUUUCUUUCUUUCUUCUUGUUUUCUUUCUUUCUUUUUUUUCUUCUUCUUCUUCUUUUUUUUUCCAGUUGCCAUAA